AUGGAUACAAACGCCAAAGUUAUUGUUAAUGAUUCAGUAUCAGAUCAUUUGUGUCCAGCUUUAUUUCAGUGCUUUACAAUUAUUAUUUGUGGGUAUGUAGCAGGGCGCCUCAAUGUUGUCUCUAAAUUGGAAUCAAAAGGAAUUGCUACGUUUGUGGGCACUUUUGCUCUUCCAUCUCUUAUUUUCUUAUCACUAGCUCGCCUUGACUUUAGUGUUGUAAACUGGACAUUUUUGGUUGCGAUAUUGUUAGCAAAAGGUCUUGUAUUUUUUCUUGUAAUCAUGGUUACAUUGCUAGUAUCAAGACCAACGCAUUUAGGACAAGCUGGAAUAUUUGCUAUAUUUUGUACACAGAGUAAUGAUUUUGCAUUAGGGUUUCCUAUAAUUGAUGCAAUAUAUAAUAAAACACAUCCAGAGUUUGCAUUGUAUUUAUAUCUGAUGGCACCAAUAUCUCUUGCUAUUCUUAAUCCUGUUGCAUUUAUUCUGAUGGAGCUACACAAACAGAGAGAAAAUUCGCAAACAGUUGUAAAUUCUCCACCUCACUUACAAAAACUAAAGAUGUUCAUUCAACUGUGUAAGGGAAUAAUCUUCAAUCCAGUACUGAUCAUGACAAUUCUGGGUAUUAUUGGUAAUAUUGCUUUUAAACAUCAACUGUCUGUUUACAUUGAGGGCUUAUUAGAUGUAUUUGGACAAUCUUUCUCUGCUGCGGCAUUGUUUUUAUUAGGAUUGCGAAUGGUUGGACAAAUAAUGAGAUUAAGAGGACCGGCUCUUAUAUUGCCCUGUGUACUGAUAAUUGUUAAACUUAUUAUCUUGCCAGUGGUAAUGAGGGAAUGUGUGAGUGCAUUAGACGCGGGAGCAAAUCAAUCUGAAACUCAAUCUCUAUCUACAUAUGCAUUCUUGUAUGGAACUAUACCUACUGCACCGGCAGUUUUCGUUUUCUCCAAUCUUUAUCAACUGGAAAUUGACUUGAUGGCAUCAUCUAUGGUGUUCUGCACAUUUUUGUCUGCACCUAUAAUAUUUCUCUCCGCUGAAGUUAUCUCCAUAAACAAGGACUUCGCAGAUCAAAUACAGAAGUUUGCUUUCGAUGUAUCAAUUGUGGCUUUAAUAGCUGCACUUUGGAUUCUACUUGUCUUUACAGUUACCAAGAAAUAUAAGAGCAUACCGCAUAAAUUGACGUUGUGUUUGAAUAUUUCUCAGAUAUUGCAGGCUAUAAGUGUAAUAUGGGGUGGGCCUGUGAACAAUAGCCCACUGUCAUGGAAUACCACAAUACAACAAGCCUUCCAGUUGUUUAGCUCCUAUUCAUGUUUACUAUGGACAUCAAUGCUGACCAUUGGAAUAUUAAUGCUUGAGAGUCGCGGGCCGAGUUUCGUGGUGACGCUAUGGCCGGUGCUGGCGUUCGUGGCGUGGGGCGCGCCCGCGGUCAUGGUGGGGGUGUUGUUGGCGGCCACGGGCGGAGUCGUGGGCGGGGACGCGGCCGAUGCUAUCCGUCUCUGCGUGCUGUUCUUUUGUAUCACGCUGACGACGGGCUGCCUGCUCCUAUACGCGCGGCUCCGGAGGCGCGACGCGCGCGCGGAUGAGACCGAACGCCUCAUCGACAACGAGCACGCCUCGGGCAACCAUUUCUUUUCCAACUACGGUAACUUAGCUCUCUUGAUACAUAUAUACUUAAUUAUAUUUACAGGGACCUAUGGAACUAUAACUGCUUCUCCAUCGCCGAAUAGGAAUGACGAUUGCUCUAAUGAUCUUAAUUGUAAUAAUGGACUUGUCGCCAAUAACUCACAGGAUAUUGAAGAUAUAACCAACGAGAGGUUAGUCAUUUUUUUGGAGUGCGCGUGUCCGCCGUCUCAGCAGCUCCGGUGCAAGUCGUCGGAGUCGUGCCCCUGUCUGCGGCCGCCGGACGGGGCGGCGCGCGGUCGCGGCGCCCAGCUGCUGCGGCACACCGUGCUCAUCAUCGCCUACAGCCUCAUGAUGUUUCUGGCUUUGACCAUAACGGCUUGGAGGGUGAUGCGUAAAGAUCAAACGGGAGUUUUCAUAGAAGUUGAAUUUUUGGAUACGGCGUUCUGCUACGGACAGGCUUUAAUUAUGUUCGUGCUUUUUGGACUCAAUCCUGAAGAAAUAUUUAUACCUACUGUAAGAUAUCUAAAGAAAAAGUGGUACGGAACAGACACGGUAGUGCUGCCACCAAUCGAUGAGUUACCAUUUGAAACCAAACAUAUUUGUGAGCAGUUCAUUACACAUCAUCUCGAGCGCUGCAAGAAAGAUAUUGCAGAGGAUAUCAGGUGGCGCAUGCGCACGCACCGGCGCGUGUUCCGCGGCGCGAGCCUGGUGCGCUGGCUGGUGCGCGCCGGGCUGGCGGCGGACGCGCGCGAGGCGGAGCUGUACGCGCGCCACCUGCUGGACGGCCGCCUCCUGGCGCACGUGGCGCGCCGCCACCACUUCUCCAACUCGCCGCUGCUCUACACCUUCGACUAGCGACGCCUGCCCGGUACCCCUCCUACUGUACUAGUUUACAGUUUUACCGCAAGCACCACACUCCAAUUCGCCGCUGCUCUACACCUUGAAUUACUGACACCUCCCCCCCGUUAACAACCCUCCACCAUUUUCUAUCUUGUACUAGAGUAAGCCUUCAACUAGUGCUACCACCCCCCCCCCCCACCACCCACCCGGCACCGUUCCCUAUGUUGUACUAAUACGAACCUUUACCUAGUGCUACCAUUUCCCCUUCGUCACCUACUCUACGCGCUACAACUAAUCUUUCACGUUAGCCUCUUGAUAGCCUUUGUACUAGUGUGUGAGCUAAAAAUGAUUUGAUUAUGUGUCUUGCCUCUAGAUCCGCUAUACUCAUCCUGUGGCCCGCAUGCGCAUAUAAUAUAUCUUUAUCAAAACUUAUUUUUUCAUUAAUAAAGUAACUACAUUGUUAACUUGGAA